UACUGAGUUGACAUUUUGGACGACCAAUCCAUUUCUUGAAGCACGUGGUUUGAACUGUCAUUCGUAGUACAAAAAAGUGUUUGUGGUACAAAAGCAAAAGAGGUUAUGUGCUUGUGUAUCUUUUUGAAAACUUAUGUGAAGGUGUUUUGAAAUUAUUAAUACCCAAAAAUGACGAAAAAACGAUAUAAUUGGAAGGCAAGGCAAGUUGUUAACACUGUAAUAGACAACAGAGAAACAAAAAAGAUUGCGGUAGACUUGAAUAUAGAUGGCAGUUAUGACCAAAGCAAUGAGUUGGUUCUACCAUCAGUGAAGCGUAAAACCAAAGUUAAAGCUGAAAAAAUUGGCCCAACAAGAAUAUUAUCCAAGAAACAGAGGAAGCGAUUGGAGAAAAUUGUGGAGAAAAAAAAGAAAAAAGAAAAUAGAGCAGAACUCCUAGCAUCUCUGCAACAAUGCCGGGCAACAGAAGAGGAGAUUUCACAGCUUACUUCACUAGCAUCUAUUCAAACAAAGGGCCUUAAAAGACAUUUUCAAGAGGAGACUAGUCCCAGAAAAAAAGAGAGAUCACAUUCUGAAGAAGCUGCUCCUGCUAAGAUAAACAUUCUUUCUGGGGCAAAGAGAAAAAAACUGCUGGAUUUCAGUGAAGCUGCCCCACAGGAGAUUAGCACGAACCCCAAUGUGGUUGGAUUUGAGAGUAGUGGUUCUGAGGAGGAAGAGGAUGAUGAAGAUGAUAUUGAAGAGGAGGGGGCUGACCAGGAAUGUGUAAAGAUUGAUCAAGAGAUGGCACAGGGAGAUCAGCCAGAAGAUCAUCAGGAUGCAGAACCAGAAAAGGAAGUUGAAUUAAUUGUGCCUGACACAAAGCCUCCAAUAGAGAUUGAGGAUGAUACCAAAAAAGUUGAAGUCACCAAUAAAAAAUUGGAACAAGAACCACUGCCUAGGAAGCCAGCCGUAUAUGUAGAUGUAAUUAGAAGUGAAGAGAUCCAACAAGCCAGAAUGAAGCUGCCUAUUUUGGUAGAAGAACAAAGUAUCAUGGAGAUCAUUAAUGAGAAUCACAUUGUGGUCAUUGCUGGAGAAACAGGUAGCGGCAAGACGACUCAAGUACCCCAGUUUCUUUACGAGGCCGGAUACGCGCUAAAGAAGCAAAUAGCUGUAACAGAGCCUCGCAGAGUGGCGGCUGUGUCCAUGUCCCAGCGAGUGGCAGAGGAGAUGAACCUCAGCCAUCGCGAGGUCAGCUAUCUGAUCCGAUUCGAGGGAAAUGCCACAGAGAACACGAAAAUCAAGUUCAUGACGGAUGGAGUGCUGCUAAAGGAACUGCAGACUGACUUUCUGCUCAGCAAGUAUUCGGUCGUUAUUCUGGAUGAGGCGCACGAAAGGUCGGUUUAUACGGACAUUCUGAUCGGUCUGCUAUCAAGAAUAGUACCAUUGAGGCUGAAAAAGGGUGAUCCCCUCAAAUUGAUCAUUAUGUCGGCUACUUUACGCUUAGCAGAUUUUAUCUCGAAUGAAAGACUUUUCAAGGUGCCUCCUCGUGUGAUAAACGUCGAAUCCCGUCAGUUUCCGGUGAUCGUGCAUUUCAAUAAGAGGACUCCUGACAACUACCUGAAAGAGGCUCUGAACAAGACGCGCAAGAUACAUUCUAAGCUGCCUGAAGGGGGCAUUUUGAUUUUCGUCACUGGACAAAGGGAAGUCAACUGGUUAGUGCAGAAGCUGAGGAAGGUUUUCCCAUUCAACAAGAAGCACGCAGUGAAAGAGAACGGAGCGAAAUCGACGAAAAGUCGGGAAAAUGAAGGAGAAGAAACUGUAGACGAUGAAGAUGACGACGAAGGGGUGAAAAAAACACACCGUAAGCGCAGAAAGGUAAAAAUAGUGCCUCAGAUCGAUCUAGAUGACUACAGUAUUCCCGGAGAUCUAGAAUUUGACUCUGAAGAAGAUGGUGAAAGUGAUCAAUUAUCUUCUGAUGAUGAACAAGAUGCUGCGGAGUCCGAGGAUGAAAGUCGAGUGACAACUCCGCCCUUGUGGACGUUGCCUCUUUAUUCCAUGCUAUCUAUUCACAAACAACGGAGGGUGUUCCAACCUCCCCCACCAGGAUGCAGGUUGUGUAUCGUGAGCACAAACGUGGCCGAAACGUCGUUGACGAUCCCGGACGUGAAGUACGUGGUUGACACAGGCAAAUGCAAGGUGAAGUUGUACGAUAAGGUAACGGGUGUGACGGGUCAUGUGGUACACUGGUGUAGUAAGGCGGCCGCAAACCAGAGGGCAGGUAGGGCGGGUAGGACGCAGCCAGGACACUGUUAUAGGUUGUAUUCCAGUGCAGUGUUCAACGAUACAUUCGCUGAGCACUCUCCACCUGAGAUCCAGCAGAAGCCCGUGGACGAUUUGUAUCUGCAAAUGAAAUGUAUGAACAUCGAUAAGGUAGUCAACUUUCCCUUUCCCACCGCUCCGGACUUGAUGCAACUGAAGACGGCCGAACAAAGGCUCAAAGUCUUAGGAGCGUUAGAUGAAAAAGGGAACGUCACACUAUUAGGCAGAGCAAUCUCGAAAUUCCCAGUACUGCCUCGUUAUGGGAAAAUGCUAGCUUUGAGUCAUCAGCAGGACCUGCUCCCGUAUACGGUCUGCUUGGUAGCAGCUCUUUCUGUGCAAGAGGUCUUGCUUGAGGUUCCCAUAGUAUCAUCGGGCAGCAUUGAAGACGCAAAAUCAGCGAGACAACGAUGGACUGCGACCAGGCAACGUUGGGCUGGGCAAGGGCAGUCUUUGAUGUUAGGAGACAACAUGGUGUUGCUGAAAGCAGUAGGCGCAGCCGAAUUUGCGGCUGCUCGCGGCAAGUUAGAACGGUUCUGCGAGGAGAAUGGACUGCGACACAAGGCGGUCGUGGAGAUCAGGAAGUUGCGUAUGCAGCUUACUUCGUGUAUCAAAGACAACGUGCCUGAUGUAGACGAUAUUACGGUCGAUCCCGAGAUGCCUCCACCCACUGAUUUACAGGCUAAGCUCUUACGACAGAUCUUACUAGCUGGUAUGGGAGAUCAGGUCGCGAAGAAAAUUAUGCCAGAUGAGUUGAAGGAGGGUGAGGAAAAGGCUAAAUUCAAGUACGCCUACAGAGCCAACAACAUGGAGGAACCUGUGUUUCUUCAUCAGGGGUGUGUCCUGCGAAAAACCCUACCAGAGUACGUAGUAUUCCAGGAGAUUUACGAAACGAACAAGAUGUACAUGCGCGGGGUUGCAGCUAUUGAACCAGAAUGGCUGCCCAUCUACGUUCCUCAAUUAUGUAACCUAUCUGAUCCAUUGCCUAGUCCCGAACCCUCGUAUCGUCCAGAUACUGGUAAGAUCCAUUGCAAUGUGACAGGUACAUUCGGUCCACAGGCUUGGCCGCUUCCACGAAUCGAGCUAGCUCAUCCUGACGGUGCCGCUGUUUACAAGUGGUUCGCUCGAUACUUGCUAGAGGGCACCAUCUUUCCUAAACUUGCCAAAUUUCAGCCAGUGCUCCUGAGUCGACCUCAGGUAAUGGUGAAGUCAUGGUCAACCCUACAGCCUAGAACCCAGGAGUUGCUUAAGGCACUGCAAACUCGUCGAUGUUGUACCAAAACAGAACUGAUGAAUAUUUGGUCACAAGAUAAAAGACAUUUGCUUACUGAGUAUUUGAAGUGGUUGCCGGAAUCAGCUCAUAGCGAAAUAUGUCUCAUGUGGCCUCCUGUUUAAUAAUUUCAUAGGGUGAGCAUGUUUUUAAAUUACGUCAAAAUAUCUGUUCCUGUCUACUUAGGUGAUUUUGGAGUAUAGGAGGAAGAAGGUGAUGCAACUACGAAUCGGCAUUCGGGCGGCGUGUUCCCAGCUGAUGGCCACUGAUUCGUUUUAGAGCACUUACGAAAGUUAUUUUUUGUAAAUCCACAAAUAGAAUUAAAUAAAUGUAUAUGACUUCAAUUAAAGAAAGUUGGUGUUAA